AUGGACAACCCUUCCCCAGCAGAUGGCUCCGGCUCUCAGUCACCCGAGACGACCCCCCUCCCGGAGUAUUAUCUUGCCCAGGCUGUCCCUAGAGGAAUGGGCUUGGGUAUCAUCAGGCCAUGCCCGCCUGGAAUGAACCCCCGUGAGGCCGUCUACUAUGGAGUCAGCAAGACUCUUUCGCAUAUGGUGGCUAUCAAACCAAGUAUCGCGCACCAGCAAUCACAGCAUGCACACCGAGAUGAUCAGCACGGCCUUGACGGCCCUGCUGCUCCAGUGAUCCCGGAAUAUGACACCAUUAGAAGCGGGUCAGGCAUUGCUUUUGUAGCUGUCGAUCGCCUCGCGGAUAAUCCAUAUUUCGAAUCGCCAAUAUACUGGUGCAUUCCCCACUGGACAAUGUGCUGCCCUGGAGUUCUCGCCGAAUCGAAAAGGUACCUCAACGGAAGGCUUGAGGACCCUGAUGUCCGGAGCCAGCAAGCGGAAUGGGAGCGAUGCAUACAGUCUGGUAGCUUUCCAGCCCCGUCCAAAGCAAUCACAAAACAUGCAAAGACGCCUCUCCUGGAGCAACCCAGUGGUCAAGCCUUGUGGAGGUUAUGGGGGGCCACCACGGAACUACCAGCCUUUCCAGCCUUUGAGGAUUAUCAAGUUACUCAGACCCUCCAGCAAGCUCUUGACACCUACCGAACCGAACUCCCAGACGACUUCCUUACCGACGGCCAGGUCAAAGCCGCCGUGUUCGCAUGGUAUCACUUUCGCACGCGUCAUGUUUCCGAUGAGGAGAUGAAGGCGGAAGAGGUACCUCUAACGCAAUUCAUACCCUACCUUAUUGAAAUGCUGAAGAGAGUCGAGACGUUUGGGUGGGCAUUUUACGCCGAUGUCGAUCGCUUUGCGAUAUACUGCUUGCACCACGGCGAGUCUAUGAAUGGUACCCGCCUUCGACUCGAUCAACCUUUCAUCGACGAGUAUCUAGUAGCAGGAGAGCUACGCAAGCUGCGACCACAGAUGGCGGGAUUAUUCUUCCCAUGCGAUCUCCGUGGUUCCACAAUACCCUCGUUCGGGAACGUCGAUAUCCAUCCCAUGGGCUGGUUUAACAGGCGAACCACCCAGACCAGAUUGGAGCCUUUGGAGCCCCUGCGGGAGUGCAUAGGAGACAUCAGAAGCAUAUGCUGGCAUGACUACGAGCUUCGAGACCAGGUCGACUUGCAACGCCUAAAAGUCCUGCUCAGCCGAGAGGACUGGGACUCGUGGCGACCCUCUUUGGAACAGCACGGAAAAGAUUUAGACGUUGACGCGCUACAAUCAGAAACACAAUCCGAGGGAGGCCAGCUACACCUGGUGAAUGCGGAGAAAAUUCUGAAAUCGCUCACUCUUUGGACCAGAGAAACCCAACUCAAGGAGCUGAUUUCGGAUCACGAUAAACGACUACGCAGCCUGCUGAGUUUGCAACAAAAGGCACAAGCUACACUAGAUGAGGACAUGGCCUAUGUGCCCAGGGAUGACGACAUACGGGAAGCAAGAUUUAUGUACCUCCGGGCGGAAGGAAACAUGCGCAGAUAUAUCAAAGAGCAGGUCGAAGAAACCAAUAGACAGCGAGCGUCGGCCACCAGUGAGCUCAUACUGGUCCAGAUGCAGGCCCUUGAGGGUUCUACUCUGCGAGGAUCAACGACGGCGGCAAAUUCCGAAGCGGGCACGUCAAGAGGCACCGGGCCCCUUUCGGGCUCGACUGGCACUGAGUGGGAAGAGGCCUCGAUCAAGGCCGGGCCAAAAUUCCGAAGCGUGCUCGUGCACGUAAAGAGGCGUUCGGGCCUUUUCUGA